AUGGAAUUCGUCACAAUUGAAGGAUUCAGGGCAAAUAGUAAAAUUUUCCACUGCAACAAUGGAUAUUUCUACAAACUUAAAUGUUCUAGGCCCAAUUCAAAAUCGCUACAAUGCUUAACAACAGACUGUACUGCUACUGGUCUCAUUGUGGACAAUUUAUUGCAUGAAAAGCAUACCCACACACAUGAUCCUGACAUGGGUUACUCGGCACUGGUAAAUCUGAAAAAAAAUAUUUUACGAAGAUGUGCAGAAGAAUGUACCCCACAUAGGAUAAUUUAUGAAGAAGAGACAUCAAGAACACAAGGCUUGGAAGAUCGUUUGGAGUACACUUCAUUUUUAAGAAGUAUGGAGAGGGCAAGAGCUGCAGCUCAACCGAAAAUUCCAAAUGAUCUAAUGGAGUAUGCAGGUGAUUUGGUAGAUCCUCGCUACAGUCACCUGUUUAGAACGGCUAACGGACGAGCUAUGUUCAAAGGAUUUGUAAUGGGUGCUCCUGAUGCCGGAUCAGCAGUCGUAUUCAUCUCUCCAUCCCUAGAAAACCUUUUUACUUCUGCUCGAGAAAUACAUGUUGAUGCAACGUUUAAGAGUAGGCCUCUGGUUCCAGCAACAGAACAAUUGUUAAUAAUUAUGGCCAUGUACAUGGACCAGGCAUUUCCAGUUGCAUAUGCUCUUAUGACGCGAAAAACUGAAGCGGCAUACACCAGUGUGCUACAACACAUUAGGACUUGUGUUCCCGGUAUUAGUGCCACAAACAUUGUAACAGACUAUGAGGUAGGGUUGAGCAAUGCAUUGACCAAUGUUUUUCCAGGAGCCAGUUUACAGAAAUGCUGGUUUCACAUGGCUCAAGCACUUGAAAAAAAUGCCAAAGACUUUGGCACACGAAGACAAGUAUACAGAAUUGACAAUGCGCUGCAUACUAUGCUUCGUAUGUCAAAAGCUCUCGCACUUUUGCCAGCUGAAAAGAUUGCUGAAGGGUUUGAAGUGGUGGUCCAGGAGGCUAGACGUUCUCAGAAUGUUGAGGUUGCUGAACGAUACAUAUCAUAUUUUAAAAAUCAGUGGAUGGAACGUGUUGGACCAGAAUCCUUUUCUGUACAUGGCAUGCCAAGAAGAACUAAUAAUGACCAGGAAAUAUUUCACCGCCAUUUAAACGCCAUUAUGAAUUGUCCACGUCCUGGUAUUUGGCAUUUUACUAAAACAUUGAUCAAAAUUGAAAAAGAAUAUGGGACAAAAUAUGAGAGAAUACAACAAAGGCCAACUCUAAGAGCCAGACGUCGAGCUUAUGUUCAACUUGACAGGAAAAUCAGUGCUGCAUGUGAACGGUUGGCCCAGAGAAGAAUUUCUGUCAAAGAAUUUUUGUUAUACACUGGGCAUCUGGCUUAUGAUGCAGAACGAAGACGUGGGGUUCGCAAUGUUGAGGUUCAAAAUGGAAUCGUACCUCCCCACAUCUUGGAAACUAUUGAAGAACAAAUUCCUACUGAAAAUGUGGAAGAUAACGUUGUUGGAGAUGAACCUGAUUUUGUAUUGGAGGAGGAUGAUGAUCCGGUGUUCAUUGCCAUGGCGGAAAUUGAGGAACGGAGGAGGGCUCAAGACAGGGAAAACAUCCCUCAUGUUCCUCUCGAUAUCAAUCAAGUUCAACCAAGACCAGCCAAUUGCUGUGUUAUUUGUUUAAUCAAUGUAAACAGCCACGCAUGCAUUCCCUGUGGACACAAAUGUAUUGAUUUAACUUCCAGGUUCAGAGAACUUCAGGAUGAUUAA